UUUUAGGAAAUCGAACAUGGGUAAUGACUGAUUUUGAUCGACAUAUCAUCAAUGUAUGGCGUCCAAAAGGAUCAGUGGUAAUCUUUGGUGAUCGUUUCAUUAAAGAUAAACAACAACUUGGAUAUUCCUUAUGUUUUUAUUGUGGUAUGUUGGAACAACAAAUUGGUCAAUUUAGUUCUCAUCGACAACGGCCAUAUUGCUCUCAAAAAUGCUUAAAUGCUGCACUUGCUGAAGAAAAUUUGAGUACGGAUUGA